AUGGGUGUUGUCGAUUCUAUUAUAGAUUACGGUGAAGUGGCUUUCAACUUAUUCACCUCAUUAACUUUAGGCCAACAAAUAUCAAUCAUCUUAUUAACUCCUUUCCUUUAUAACUUAUUAUGGCAAUUGCAAUUCUCAUUAAGAAAAGAUAGAGUUCCAUUGGUGUUUCAUUGGAUUCCAUGGUUUGGUUCUGCUAUUGGUUUUGGUAUGAAACCUUAUGAUUUCUUUGAAGAAUGUAGACAAAAACAUGGUGAUGUAUUUGCAUUUAUGUUAUUAGGUAAAGUUAUGACGGUUUAUUUAGGUCCAAAAGGUCAUGAAUUCGUUUUCAAUUCAAAAUUGGCUGAUGUUAGUGCUGCUGAUGCUUAUACUCAUUUAACUACUCCUGUAUUUGGUAAAGGAGUUAUUUAUGAUUGUCCAAAUGCUAGAUUAAUGGAACAAAAGAAAUUUGCUAAAUUUGCUUUAUCAAAGGAUUCAUUUAAAACUUAUGUUCCCAAAAUUAGAGAAGAAAUUGUUAGUUAUUUUGAAGAAUCUGAUCAAUUUAAAUUAUCCACUAGAGAAAAGGGUGUUGCUAAUGUUAUGAUAACUCAACCUGAAAUAACUAUUUUUACUGCUUCAAGAUCUUUAUUAGGGGAAGAAAUGAGAAAGAAAUUUGAUAAAUCAUUUGCUCAAUUAUAUUCUGAUUUAGAUAAAGGUUUUACUCCAAUAAAUUUUGUUUUCCCAAAUUUACCUUUACCUCAUUAUUGGAAAAGAGAUGAAGCUCAACAAAAGAUUUCUUCAACUUAUAUGAAAUUCAUUAAUAAGAGAAGACAAUCAGGUGAUAUUGAUCCAAAUAGAGAUUUGAUUGAUUCUUUAUUAACUCAUUCAACUUAUAAAGAUGGAGUUAAAAUGACUGAUCAAGAAAUUGCUAAUUUAUUAAUUGGGAUUUUAAUGGGUGGUCAACAUACUUCUGCUUCAACUUCAGCUUGGAUUUUAUUACAUUUAGGUGAAAAACCAGAAUUACAAGAUGAAUUAUAUGAAGAAAUCACUUCGGUUUUAAAUGAAAAAGGUGCUACUAUAAAUGAUUUAACUUAUGAAGAUUUACAAAAUUUACCAUUAGUUAAUAAUACUAUAAAGGAAACUUUAAGAAUGCAUAUGCCAUUACAUUCUAUCCUUAGAAAAGUUAAACGUGAUUUAUUAGUUCCAAAUACAAAGUAUGUGGUUCCAAAAGGUCAUUAUGUUUUAGUUAGUCCAGGUUAUGUUCAUACUAGUGAUAGAUAUUUCCCUAAUCCUUAUGAAUAUAAUCCUCAUAGAUGGGAAGCUCAAGCUGCUUCCACUGCUAAUGAUGAUGAAGGUGAAGUUGAUUAUGGUUUCGGUGCUAUUUCUAAAGGUGUUUCAUCUCCAUACUUACCAUUUGGUGGAGGUAGACAUAGAUGUAUUGGUGAACAAUUUGCUUAUGUUCAAUUAGGUACGAUUGUAGCUACCUAUGUAUAUAACUUAAGAUGGACAUUAAAAGGUGACAAAGUUCCAGAUAUUGAUUUUGCUUCUAUGGUUACAUUACCUGAAGAACCAGCUGAAAUUAAAUGGGAAAAGAGAUCCACCUGUGUCCUUUAG